CCACGAAGCGGAUUACAGCUUCAGUGCUGCGUCUGCUGCUACAUCAUCUCAGCUGAUCCGGAGGAUUCCCUCUGCAAGGAAACAAACAAUUGCCCUGCCUGUAUGCUCAGCUCAGCACGACACCAUGGAUUUCAACGUCAAAAAACUGGCUUCUGAUGCAGGGGUCUUUUUCACCCGGGCAGUGCAGUUCACAGAGGAGAAGCUGGGCCAGGCUGAGAAGACAGAGCUGGAUCCUCACUUAGAGAACCUAAUCACUCGGGCUGAUGGCACCAAGAACUGGACUGAAAAGAUCUUAAGACAAACAGAGGUGCUCCUGCAGCCCAACCCAAUUGACCACACUGGUGCUCGAAUAGAGGAGUUCAUCUAUGACAAGCUGGAUAAGAAGCUUCCCUCCAAGGCAACCAAUGCAGAGCUGCUGGGCCAGUACAUGCUGGAAGCUGCCAAUGAAUUUGGUCCGGGGACGCCAUAUGGCAGUACCCUGAUCACAGUGGGAGAGUACCAGAAGAGACUGGGAGGAGCAGAGCGCGAGUUCCUCCAUACCUCAGCUACCACCUUCCUCACUCCUCUACGCAACUUCCUGGAAGGAGACUGGAGGACUAUAUCAAAAGAGAGGCGACUGCUGGAGAAUCGACGGCUGGAUCUUGACAUCUGCAAAGCACGCCUGAAAAAAGCCAAGAAUGCAGAAGCUAAAGGAGCGGUGAGAUGAAAUGCCUCAUUGUCACUGUGGU